AUCAGCUGGCGAACAUUCGAGAGACAACGCUGGCGUCUGUAAUGUGUGAGAACCUGAGGAUUCCUCAGCUGCCCGAGAACGUGUUCAUCCAGGCUUCCAACAAGAACAACAAACUGGUCAACUGCCGGAAACUGAAGGGCACCCUGGACCUCCGUCUCUUCAGGGAAUAAACCCCGCACCCCCUCCCCCGUCUUCAUGAGCUCAAACAGUUUGGAAGAACACCCCAGGCCGCAGCAGACAUUUACGACUUUGUUCUUCCCGGGACUUUGACUUGACACAUCAACUCCAGCCUUUAGUUCUUGACACAUCAACUCCAGCCUUUAGUUCUUGAGUACACGGAAAUGUUGGUUUGUCUUGAGCAUGGCCACCAAGCCAGCAGAUUUCUAUUUGGUCGGGACUCCAGUAGUCGAUAAGAUUUACCAAAAAAAAACCUUUCUCAAUCUUCUACAACUUUGAAAGUAACAUGAUUGUUUCCUUCGUUCAAAAAUAAAGACAAACUGGUAACCUUGAACUUUUGAGUUGAAAGGUAUAUUCUUUAUACAUUUUUUUUCGUUUCGUUGAAAAAGUCGCCAACACAAGACGGUUGGAGAAAUGACUUGUGCUCUUUGUGACGGUACUUUCUGUGUGGCUUUGUUGGUGCAGGUGGUAGUCUGUCCGUACAGCUACAUGUGGGUAUGUUGUUGUUGUUGUUGUUGCUGUUGUUGCUGUUGUUGUAAUUAUUGUUGUUGUAGUCGAGAGCGUGCGCGACUCUUCCCCCUUGCCCUUCUCCUAGUUCUAUAACUUUCUGUAGAAUUGAGCAUGGCUUGUGAAAAGAUAGAAUUUCUCUGUGUGCUUUGGGCUCAACAAUAUUACGUCCAUUUCAAACACAUUCCGGAGUGGAUUUGUACUUGGGGAACGUUCAUUAAAGGUACACAAGAAAUAAAUGUGCAGCUUCCAAGGAUAUUUAAGCUUUGAAACUCACCUAACUUUGGCGACCAUUUUCUUUUCCUGACACCAGGCAACUCCCACUUCCUUCAAUCGUAAAUACAUGUCUGUAUUUCGGUGCUGUAAAUACAUGUCUGUAUUUUUGUGCUGUAAAUACAUGUCUGUAUUUCUUUGCUGUCAGUACCUGGCUGUAUUUCUGUGCUGUCAGUACAUGUCAGUAUUUCUGUGCUGUAAAUACAUGUCAGUGUCUUCAUUUCUACUCCAAAUGAAUUGGGUUUUUUAAAAACCAAAGCAAGGCAAAAGAACAGGCUUAAAGCUUUUCCCUUGACCGCCACACCAUGGUCCCACCUUGACGAGCGCCUGAUUUCACCGCGCCGCAACACAAGUUUAUCAGCGUGUGUGUGGACCUUGUUAGUGUUGUCCAGGAGAACGUGUCCCUUGAGGUGCACUCACCCAGAUUAAUUUGUUUCACUUUCAAGAAAUCCAAAUUAGACUUCGUAGUUUAGAGCUGUGAAAAACACGGCUUUUUCUUUAUUUGUUUGUUGUUGUUGUUGUUGUUGUGUUGUUGUUGCUUUGUUUCCUUUUAGAAAGGGGGGGAGGGUUCUUUUUUCUGUUAUUAUUUUUGUUAUGACAUUUCUUUACAUUGCUUUCGUCAUUAUCAUUCUAAUACUAUUGUUUUUGCCCUCAAUAAUCAGUAACAUUCCAAUAAAAAUGACAAUCUGAA